CUUUGGUCAGAGCACUUGGAAGGAAGAUGAGAGUUUUGUGUGGUUUGUGGUUCAAAUUGAGGAGACUCAGAGAUGUAUCCUUCUUAGGCACAUUCAGACGCCCCCUAAGCUCAGACGCCAUGCGACUGGUCCAGUUCUCCCGUAAAGGAAAUGAAGGGGGGAUCAGGGUUGGUGUGGAGCACGAACAAGGCCAUGGUGUCAUUGACCUGAAAGCGUUUGACCCUUCCAUGCCACCCACGAUGAGGGAGUUUUUGGAGCUGGGACAGAAGGGCAUGGACUGUGCUCAAAGAGCUCUGUCAAGUGGUCAGUGUAUAGUCCCUCAUUCUGAUAUCACGCUGCUGUCUCCAGUGACCGGCCCAGAUAAGGUGGUAUGUGUGGGGAUGAACUACAGGGACCACUGCUUGGAGCAGAAUGCUCCCAUCCCUACAGAGCCAAUCAUCUUCAGCAAAUUUCCUUCCGCCAUCACUGGCCCAUAUGAUGACAUCAUGCUGCCAAACACGAGCCAGGAGGUGGACUGGGAGGUGGAGCUGGCCUUCGUGAUUGGACAAAAAGGAAAGCACAUCAAGGAGGAGGAGGCUCUCUCUUACGUUGCGGGAUUCACCGUAGCCAAUGACGUCAGUGCUCGUGACUGGCAGCUGGAGAAGAAUGGGAAGCAGUGGCUCCUGGGAAAAACAUUUGACACGUUCUGUCCUUUAGGACCCGCCCUCGUUACCACAGCAGCACUGAAGGAUGUCCAUAAUUUGGGUAUCCGUUGCCUGGUUAACGGCGGUGUCGUUCAGGACAGCAACACCAAUCAGCUGAUCUUCAAGACAGAGAAGCUGAUAGCAUGGGUGUCCCAGUUUGCGACUCUGUACCCAGGUGAUGUGUUUUUGACAGGCACUCCCCCAGGAGUCGGUGUGUUCAGAAAACCCCCCAUUUUUCUGAAGAGAGGAGACGUGGUGGAGUGUCAGAUUGAUGAGAUUGGAUCCAUCAGGAACACAGUGGUGUAACUGCCCGGCUGAUUCUCUGACACACACGUCCUGCUGCCUCGAGAUGAAAUAAUACAAAAGGACUGAUUUAAUAUUCACUUGAAAAAAAGGGGAAAAGCAACCUAAUCUAACUUCUAAUGAAAUCAGAGCCUUGAGCUUAACUAAGAUCUUUUGCUGUCAUGCUGAAAUGUUUAACAAAUCAGCCUGAUUGUAACACUGCGGUUAAACCUUUUGAAAUCAUUUUCCUGUAGAUCACUUUUACACUGUUCUAAACACGCUGGCCAGUUUAUUGGAAACCCCUCUCUUGCAGCUCGACCUUGUUGCUGUUCAGUUAGAGACCAGCUCGUAUUAGCCAUCCUGUAGCCCUUCACCUGGAGUCUGUGUCUGAUCACAGAGCUGCUCUUGGCUGGAUGUUGUUAGGUGGUGGUCCACUCGCACUCUAGCAGUGACACUGAUGUGUGUACCAAAGCACAGGUGUCAGAACCACACACGUUUCUAAUGACGGGCCAGUGAGUGAAAGUAUCUGACCAUUGAAGAACUGGGUGAAAGGGGACUAAUAAAAGUAUGCAGAGAAACAGAUGGACUACAGUCUGUGAUUGUAGAAGUACAGAGUGCACCUAUAUAGUAAGUGGAGCUGAUAAAAUGGACAAUGAGUGUAGAGAUACUGAGAAUUUCCUAAUAAAGUGCUCAGUGAGUGUAGCUGUUUCUAAUGAAGGAGACGGUCAGUAGUUCAAGCAGACUCCAGUAGGUGUCACUGUACUGCUUUUCUUUGGGAGGAAAGUCUACCUUUCAUUCUUGGCUCUGCUGGUGCCUCGUUCUUAAAUCCACGCAUAGGAACAUUUGUGCUUCUUUGUCUGAUCUCUCGUUAAAGCGUGCCUCACACAUCAGACACCAGCCUGAUAACAGACUGCCGCUGAGGUUCACACCUUACCAUCUGAGAAGGAAACAGAUGUACAUUUAAACCCAUUUUCAAAAUUUCUACAUAACUAAAUCAAUAAGAUCCUAAAGCCGUCAGAGCUGAUCGAUGUGUAAUGCUCCAUCAGACUGUUAACAGUGGUGGUGAUAGGAACCAGACGUCCGAGUUUAAUGCCUUUAAAAGCUCCUUCACAGAAAGUUAUUACAUAAAAUCGUUAUGAAUACACAGCCUGAUGUUUUAUGAUAGUUUUGUGACAAAGUUUUGUCCUAAAAUGUAUUUUAAUCAAUUGAUUUAAUCUAUUCAUAGUGGAGGGUUACAUGGAGUUGUAAGAAAAGUCUUUUUUUGGUCAGAUUUAUCACUAUUUUACCAUCAUCAUUACAUAUAAAAACUCAGAAGACAUGUGUAGGUGUGUCGGUUCACUGGUGGUUUUGGAUAGUAAAUAAAAUGGCUGUAUUUGUGUUGUAGACAUUGUGACUCCUGGUCACCACCACUGUAAAGAAAUCAGAGCUGGAGUUUCUCUACAGUGAACCAUUUCACAUCAAACCACUCUAAAAGAUUUACUUUACAUCUCAGUGAUUUAAUUAUGCAGACAUUUAGAACAAUUCAUGGUCUCAUCAGGAACUUAAGAGGGUCCAUUACUGAGUUAACUGAGAGCUGGGUAAAUUUGCCAUUUGCAUGAUUUAGUAAGUGUGCCACUGCGUGGGGAAUAUGACAAUAUGUGCUUCUUAUUGUGAGAACAUCACUUUUCUGAGUAUAUGACUGUGUUGUCAGUACUUAGAACACUGGAAACUGUAUGCAUCACUAAAAAGACCUGCAUAAACUGCUUAACAAGUAGCCAUUUGGAUGAUUUUGACAUCAUUUCAUUUAAUUCUAUUGUUGAUUUUUUUUCUCCUGUUCUUUCUUAAAUUGUUUAUUUUUGCAAUUAAUAAACAAAAAAA